AUGGGGAUAGAAAGCCAAGGGGGCAGCGGAGGGGGGGGGCAGUCGCUCAUCCAGCGGUGGAGGCACUGGCGCAUCUUCCUCAUCCAGUUCCAAGUUGUUGAAAUCACCCAAAGACAAGCUGCUCAUCAGGAGGAAGUGACCUGCUCCAUUUGCCUGGACUUUUUCACCGAGCCCGUGAGCCUGGAGUGCGGGCAUAGCUUUUGCCAGGCCUGCAUCGCCAAGUGCUGGGGCUGCGAAGGAUCGCCAGCGGCCGCCGUCUUCCCCAAGUGCCCCAAGUGCCAGGAGACGGUUCAGCCUCGCUGGCAUCCCAACUGGCAGCUUCGCACCUUCGCGGAGAUCGCCGGGCAAUUCCGUCAGCGGCAGCAGGAGGCGGGGGUGGGGGACCUCUGCGCGGCGCAUCGGGAGCCCCCACAGAGCUCUGCCACAGGGACGACAGGGUCCACAUCUCCGUGGUGUGCGGCUGAGGCCAAGAAAGGAGCUGCAGCAGGGCCAUGCCAGUGGUGCAGUGGAGGGAGGCUGCCCAAGAGUGCACCACCAAGAAUGGAAGAUUUUGGUAGCUGCCUUGAUCUUCUGAGGGAGGAAAGAGACCGGAUUCUGGCAUGUGAAAGAGACGCAAAACAGAAAAGCCAAGACCUGCUUGAAGUUACCAAGUCAGAGAGGGAAAAAACCCUGGCUGAGUUUAGAAAACUGCGCCAGUUUCUGGAGGAACAGGAACAAUAUCUGCUGGAGCAAAUGGAGGAGGUGGAGAAAGAGAUUGCGAGAGAACGGGAUGCACGCAUUGCCAAACUGACCGCAGGACUCUCCUCUCUUGAAAAUGCCAUCCAAGAGAUGGAGGAGAAGAUUCAGAAGCCUGUAAGAGACUUCCUAAAGGAUGUUAGAAACACCUUGCAGAGAUGUGAGAAGGAGAGGUUUGAGAAUCCACCUGAGAAUCCACUGGCUUUUCCACCUGAGCUGAAAUGGAGAAUCUGGGACUUCCGUGACCUCAAUUUCUUUUUAGAAGGUGUCAUGAAGCAAUUUAAAGACAUGCUGGAAUCUGGAAUUCAGCAACAACAAGCAAAUGUGACUCUGGAUCCAGACACAGCCCAUCCACAUCUUGCCCUGUCUGAGGAUCGAAAAAGCGUACGCCGGGGUAAAAGAUAUCAAGAUCUGCCUGAAAAUCCAAAGAGAUUUGAAAAGCAUUGUGUGGUGCUAGGUUGUGAGAGAUUCUCCAUAGGCAGGCAUUGCUGGGAAGUGACUGUAGGGGGUGAGGAAGGCUGGUUUAUAGGGGUUGCUAAGACAUCUGUGAAGAGAAAGGGGAAGUUCACCGCUAGUCUUGAGGGAAAGAUCUGGGCCAUGAGGACAUGGAAAGGGACAUAUAUGGCCCUUUGUCCUUCCUCUCCUCUGUCUUUCAGUGGGGUUCUCAGGAGGAUCCGAGUCUCGCUAAACUGUGCUGUGGGGCGGGUGACUUUCUUUGAUGCCAACACAGCAACUCCUCUUUAUACAUUCUCAGAAAUCUCCUUCUCUGGAGAGACCCUCCAGCCCUUCUUUUGGGUGUAUGAUAAAGGGUACCUCAGUGUCAGUUAGCCUCACUCAUAGGCCUUUGCUGGUGUUAAUCUCCAGACUGAAGUAAUUAACCUAAAAUCAAAAUGUAUUGAUCAAACAUUACCGCUGACAGGUCUGCAAAAACCUCUGCAGGCUUCCAGUCAGUCACUAAAACUAACUAAAAUCAAGUUGUCUUCUCUUUAUGUUAACAACCAUGCACAGAAAAUUAAAUAAGAGUCCCACUGUGGGACAGAUAGUAGUACUGCCUGUGAUGUUGCUUUAGAUUGUAAGGCAGAAAAGCCAGGGUCAAAGACUAGGGUUAGUAGUUAAAAAUACUUACAUUGCAAGUACACGCUGCAAACGUCUGGUGUUUAUCCAGUCAAAAUAGAUAUGAAGCAGGUCUGUGUUCUUUGUCUAUUUAGACUAAUAGAUUGUCUUGUUAGAAAGGCAAUUGCCUUAUAUGGAGCAACCAAUCAGUAUGAGCCUCAAACUUCUAGAUUGUAGGAAAAUGUAUAAGAAGGAGUGUCUUUGUUCUUUCUCUCUCGAGACACAUAUUGUUGUUUCUUGCAAUAAAAGCUAUCUGGUUACUUCACAAGA